AAAUAUUUACAAAACCUCUGAGAGUCUGAUUGCAGAGACAGAAGACGACAUGGAAGAUAAUCCAGCAAAGAUGAAGCAAUUCGUGCUGAGCGAGCUCGGCAAACUUUCUCAACAUGUCCAGAGCGUGGUGGAAAGAACCGAGCUCACCAACAUCUCCUGGGCGCCGCUAAAGCUCCGGUGGCCGUGGGAUCUUCUCCGCGGAGAGAUCUGCAGAGGCAACGUCUGCGUCGCCGGCGACGCCCUGCACCCGAUGACGCCGGACAUCGGCCAAGGGGGCUGCUCCGUCCUGGAAGACGGUGUCGUUCUGGCGAGGUGCCUCGGCGAAGGCUUCCUAGCGAAAAACCAAAACGGCGGCGAGUGGGGAAGGAUCGAAAAGGCAGUGGAGAAGUAUGGGAAGGAGGGGAGGUGGAGGAGUGUUGGGCUGAUAGCGGCGGCGUACGCGGUGGGGAUUGUGCAGCAGAGCGACGGGAAGGUGAUGAGAUUCUUGAGGGACAAUUUGUUGCCGGGAAUUUUGGCUGGAUCUCUUCUCAAGAUGGCCGAUUUCGACUGUGGGAAGCUUAAUUAAUUAAUAAAUUAAUUGGGGUUAAUUUGAACCCAAAUGUUUGAUGUAUAUUUGCAGAGUACUGCAAAUUGGAAUUAGAAAUAAGAACACAGAUUGGGGAUGAUGACACUCUUUCCGAGAGCAAUAUAUAAAAUAAUAAAGACCUGGUCUGAAAUUCAGCC